GUAUGUCAUAUUUGUUUUUCAUUUUUUCCUUAAUUUAUUUUAUAAAUACUUGUGACUGGGUGAAAAAGUCCAAAUGCACAACACAUUGAUAAAAUAGCUGAGUUUGUUUUGGCCGAAUUAUCCUGAAAUUCGGUGCAUCCCAAACCCAUAAUGUUUGUUCGAAAUCUAAGUGCGGCAGAAGUUUCUACAGCUUUGAGGCCAUUUUAUUUUUCAGUUCAUCCUGAUUUAUUUGGACAAUAUCCAGAUGAAAGAGCGACAAAUGAAACAUCUUUGCAACAGCUAAGCUCAUUCCUUCAAAAACUACAGUCUUCGGGUUAUUUUAAACCUGUUACUUUAAAAUUUUAUGUAAAGAACAAAGAAAAAAAGGAUUCUGAUGAAUCAUUUCGUCUAAUUAAAAUAUAUCUCAAAGAACGAGAAAUUAGGGCUGCCAUCCUAAAUAUUCUAAAAAGUUGUAAUUUGUCAACAGAUUAUUUAGAAAAAAUUUCUAAGGACCCUGUUGAAAAAGCAAUGAGUGAUACCAAUAAAGUAAAAGUUAAUGAUAUUGACUUAACAAAACUUAAUAAAAACCAUCCAAUUUUUGCCACUAUGACCAUGACUCAAAAUAUCAAAAAAGCUCAAAAAGAACUAAGGUUAAAAAAUUGGUUGAAAAAGAAUUUUGCAAUGGCAAUUACAAUUUAUGAAAGUGGUAAGCCUUCCAGAUGUGAAAUAGAAAGAUUACGAUUAGAUCUCAUUGAAAACUUGGGCCUGCAGAAUAUCAAAUGGGAAUGCGGUUGGAACAAUACACACUUUAGAGGUUGCCUGCUUUCAUUUAAAUCACUAGUUGACCAACAUCCCCAACAUUUGCAUUUACUAAAAGAGAGGACGUUAGUAUUUUCAUACUUUACCGGGAUCAGUUUAGAUGGACAUGUCAUGCUAUUUAGUGGAGAAGUUCGUCAUAAUUGGCUAGAUUUUAUUAAAAACAUCCCACAGCAUGACGCUUCUUUAAAAAGACUGCCAAUUUAUGAAAAGACUUUAUCCCAUGUCUUAAGAAAUAUUAAAGUAGGAAGAAGAAAAUUUAUGCCUAAAGUUAUGGUGGAGGAAUAUGAAAAGAAUCUUAAACAAGUUACAACUGCUUUGAGUGAUUAUAGUGGACAUAGGCCAUUUCCAAAAAGUUGGCCCAGUUCAUUAGACAAAUUUGAAAUUGUUGUUGAAAGUGAAGCUGGGCCCAUGAUGGUCUCCCCAACAGGCCAGUUUAUAGUGCCAUCUUCUAUACCAGGAUCAUUACUUGUAAAUUUCAUUACAAAUCACUUAAAUGAAGCUAGUCAGAAAAUGGCAAAUUAUGAAAGAGAUAAAUAUGUAGAACGGUCCUUAUAUAAAAAAUGCUUGGAAGAUUUAAGGCUCUCAGCUCUACUUAAGGAUGAUAAUAUUACCCCUGAAUUAAUGAUUCAGUGUUGCCAGAAGCUUUUGCAUAAUAAACGUGAAAUAAGUGACUACACUUCUGGCAUUCAUUUGAACAUUGCUACAUAUUACUCGGUUUUAUCUGAUGGUGUUGUUUGUAUACCAUGGAACUUUGAACUUUAGUGUCCAGUCAAAAAAGGAUAUGUGAAUUUUUUGGUGCAAAUAAAAUGUGAUAGUAAGUGCUGUUUUUGUAGCAUUGACCCUAUAUCUAAAGGAGACCCAGCAAAGUAAAACAACAAUAUGACUGCUUCUGA